UUUUUGGGUUGAUUUUUCGACCUUGGCACUAUAUCAAUCCAUCUUUCAGCCUUUCAACAUAACAUUAUCCGCAAAGAUAUUUACAAGUGCAUUUUCGAAGACUGAAUUUUCUUUCAAAGCAAUCCUCAGAGAUUUGCUAUAACUGCUUUUUAGAAAACUGGAUUAGCUACAGAAAUUUUACAGUGAUGAAUAUGAUUUCAUUGAGCAAAGACCGGGAAAUCUAAACGUUUCUUUCGCUGUUUGAAUUCAACGUUUCUUUUGCUGUUUGAAUUUAGCGCUGAAGACUAUUUUCAGUGUUCUUGCACAUUACUAACAAUGUGAGAGUUUGUUGCAAAGACUUCGAAGAAUCUGGACGAUGCAAAAUAUAUUGGAUAACGCAGGCUGUAAAAGGGAGGGUUGGUUGAAUUGAGAAAACAUGUUUUACAGGUUGAUACUUCAUGUCUGUCUUCUAUUUCCUGACGCGUCAAGCAAACCUAUAAUAUUUCCAAAUCGGCUUGCUGCGCGGAAAUAUGAAAGCUUUGUUUAUGUGAUUUAAAAGCGCAGAGCCGUGCAAGCGAUAUGACAGCAGCGUAAGUAGCUAGGCCUCCGACGGAUCAUUGGGCAGGUCAUUGAAGCAUGACUAAACUUGUUCCGUUGAUGGCCUUUUGUUGCCCUGUUUUAUUUGCAACCAGGAAACAGCUCAGCAUUUUUGAUAAUAUGUUGCUGUUCUUAUCAAAACUAUCACAUUUAAUUGCUGUUACGAUGUGAAGUUUAGGCCUACUGCUUCCUGGCGAUGAAAAUAACCAAGGCUUUGUAUGCAGAUGUCAGGGCGUUUUGAAGUAUCGAAUCUAAAGCACUAACAGCUGCAACAACAACAUCAGCAAGAAGCAGAAUAUCAACGAGUAGCCCUCACUAUGGCUUUGAUCAGAAGGGAGGCUAUGUUGACAUGCGGAUUGCUGAUAUGGUUCAUUCAUAUGGCGACAAGUCAGAAUGAUGAAUCUAUUCAUAGCUCGUCAAAACAGAAGGGUCGUCGCGUAAAAGCCUAUUUUGGCGAUCGGCAACACCCUGCGAAGAGUUGUGCCGAUAUCUUCAAGCAGAUGCCUAACCUCCCAAGUGGUGCCUAUUGGCUUGAUGUGUAUGACUGGACAAAGAAUAAGACUAUCCAAGAACGGCAUUACUGUCAAAAUACGCUUUCAAAUGAGACUAAAACAGGACUGAAGCUAAAAGGUCAACAAGGUGCCAUUGGUGUUGAGGAUCUGUCAUUGGGCGAGCCCCCUCCAGAACCUUUUGAUUGGGAGGAACUUACUGAUGGAAACUGGCCAUUGCCUGUGACACCUCCGACGGAAGAGGAGAUGAAAGAAAGAUUGAAACAAGCAGUAACGGAUUAUAAAGAAAAGCUUAAAAGCAAGAGUGAAGGAAAUACAGGAUCUAACAUAAUCUUGAAUCGGACUAGCGUUGGUUAUAAUAGUUUACCAGAGUCUGGUAAAAUCUCAAAUGGGGUUACUAGUGGUUUUGUUGUUCAGAGUCCAGGUUCCAUAGGCAAGUCUCAAGAGUUAGGCGGUGGGGCUAUUGAACAAACCAGUGGAAAUGUCGAAGCGGUUGUAUUUGAAUCUAAUCCUGCAAUGGAUUCUAAUGAAACGGCCAGCAACUAUACAGCAGAUUUAUCCAAUAGGUUUAGCUAUAAUUAUUCGACAGAAAGAAACGCGAGUACCACCCAACAAGGAAAUAGCAAUAUAUCUAUUGCUACGGUGGAUAAUGAUACCAUUGCUACGGUAGAUAAUAAUACCAAUGCUACUGAAAACAAUGCAACGUUCAGGCAGAAUCCCGGAUAUUCUUCGUAUAUCCCCGUUUACAAUGGUUCAAAUCUUUAUUGGCAGAAUAACGAGAGUGACAGCGGACUUAGUUUAGAUAUGAAAAGAGCAAACUCUUCAAGCGACAAACAGCAAGAUGUUGGCAAUUUCGAAGCCACGAACACAACUGUGUAUUCGUAUUAUCCCUAUACAAGCCCAUAUAUUGAAGCCAACAAUAGUGUUGAGUAUUAUCCAUACAACAGUACCGCUCCCGGCGUAACCAAUAAUGCUAGUAAUAAUACUGCUGAUUGGAACAAACAAUACAAUAGCACAGUUAAUUACACACUGCCUGCAUAUAGUUCAUCAUUAACCACAGCUAGUAUGGAGUAUCCAAGAAAUGACAGUCUUUUGGCAAACAAUGCCUCAGAUGGGGCUUCGAAAAGCUUCAUAAACCAGAACUUUGAGCAGCAAAGUCAGUAUUUACCAAUGAAUGUCUCAGGAAUAGCUCUAAGUACCGGGUCGAUUGUUUUUGAAGCCGAAGCCAAUGGCACUACUACUUCAAAAGCUGAUAACUCAACCCUUGAUUCUAUAUACCGAAAUACGAUAGAAUCUUCUGCUUCGAAAGACAACGAAACUCAGAGUUUGCCUCCAUUGUUGGGCAACACUACUUCAGAGAUCCAGCUCAUAACUUCUUCUAACGGGUCCUUGUAUCAAAAUACAAGCCGGAGUGAACCGUCCGAGUCUGGUAACUCAGAGACUUCAAAUGGCAAUGUUUCAGUCGAUGUCUAUGGGAAUAGCAACGCAUCCGGUUAUUCAACUCUAGGUAGCAUCUCCACAGAUUCACCUGCUAAUUUUUUCUCGAAUAAUUCGAAUAAUUAUUUAAAUAUGCAAAACUAUUCCACAAAUGAAGUAACCAACACACCCGAGAAUGCUAAUUAUGUAACUCAGCAAGAUUACCAAAAUAAGACAAACGAUGUGACGGUUGGGUAUGGCUUAACACCUUUCCAAAACAAUAGUGGGAGUAAUUCAAGUAAUGCAAAAGGACUUGGUGGUACUUACGAAUUGACAAGGGAACCAGAUGCUUAUAUGUCUCAAAAACCAGAAGCGCCAAAGUUGGACCAAAUGGUAUAUACAAAUGAAGAUACAAGGCGUUCGAGAAAUGGAACUAGUACCUCUGUCGACCACGAUGGAGGAAAUAUUGGUGCUUCUAGAUUUAUUGAGAAAUCUCGUAAUUCACAAGAGCAAGUCCUUUUAUUUUAUGGUGGUGCCAGUCAGAAUAGGUCCGAAGAUGCGGAAUUAUUAAGUGGGACACUUUCGAAGAUUCUAGCGGGUACUGUAAAACGAGGCAGUGUUAAUGCAAGUUUGGAAUCAAGAAAAGAGAAUUCAACUACGGAGAAAUACUUCAAUAAAUCCUUAAAUAGCAGUGAUGUAGUCGGUUUACAAAAUGUUAGCAGCACAGCAAACGACCAUGCAUUGAAUAGCAGUGAAGCACAGUCGAAUGGAGGUGCCGCUAAAAAUUCUAGCAAGAUUCUGCUAAAGAAGGGAAAUGAUUUUCUCAGUGCAAUGAACGAGGUCGAACAAUUGAAUUCAAGUCUGAGUAACCUCACAAACAAUCUGGAUACUUUAAAGGAGCAGUUUCAUCUUUUCAAUAGUGGCAUCAACCAAACCUUAGCCAGCUUGAAUGAGAGUAUUCAGAUUGCAAAUAGUACUCUUACAGAUGAUUAUUUACCAGUUGAGUAUAGUCAAUCGAGUUUUUCGCCAGAACAGAAAGAAACAGAUUCAGACGACAAGCAAGAUAGGAAAGUACGUUUGUUUAUGAUAAAUUGGAGAAAAGUUGGUCCAUUAGAAGAGAAAGCCUCAGAUACUGCUUCUGAAAUGGGAAAGACAGAGAGUUCAACACAAAAUGGAGUAAGUGGAUCCAAAGAGAAGACUGGUUUAGAGAAAGAGCCAAGUAGAAAAAUCAAAGAGAGAGAUGGGCUGUUUGUCAGGCCAGGUUUAAACAGAGGCUCUAUUCAAAUGGCUGUGAAUAAAGACGAUAUAAACGCAACAAAGCAGCGAGAUUUACUUGGGGUAGCAAGAGUAAAGAUAUCAAAAGGCCCUUUGGCGUUGAAAGCAACAGGAACUUCUGCCGGCAAAGGGCUAAAUCGCACGGGAGACGCCAUAAGCAAGCGGGCUUCAAAUGCUAUGCUUAGGAAUGCAACCCGAGCUACUGGUGAUGCUCACACUCUAGAAUCACUUGACAUUCGGGGAAAUCCAGCAGAUAAAUUUCUCAAUAACACAGAUCCUGAUGAGUUGAAUCAAGGCUUAUGGACAGCUGAAGCGAUGAACUACGCAAAGAAAGCUGACGAAGAUUUUGCCAAACAGCAAAAGUAUAUCGAAACUGGUGGAGAUAACGCUUUCAAUAAAGUUAUAAAAGAACAUAACAGAUCUGGUGGCCAGAAUAUCUUGCGUGAUCCAAGCCGAGCAGAUGCUACAAAAGAGAAGAUGAAAGAAUUUUAUGAUAGAAAUGACGAAAUAGUCCUUGGCAAGGGCAAAAAUGGUUUUGGAGGUUUGCAGAAAGUUGACACGGUAAAGAAUAGUGAAAAGCCUCCAGGUCUUUACAAAGCAGCUAAACCUGGUAACAAGACAAGCAAUGCAGAAUCUAACUUUAAGAUGAGCAGUUCUACCAGCACAAGUACAGGAAGCGAGACAGGUACCAAUACUUGGGCUCAGGUUGGAGUAGGAACAAAGGUUGAUUCAAGUGCUGGCUCACAGGAAGACGUUACAGAAGACCCAAAUUUGAUUUCAAGUGUCGAGGAGGACAGUGGGACGGCUGACGACAAUGAUAACUGGGAAUGGAAUGAUGAAACUGAAGAGAAUGAGUACCCCGGCUAUAAUCGUCCCCAAGGUCUUGGAUUAUGGUCAGACUCAGGUACGGGUACAGGGGUUGGCGUAAGUAUUGGUGCGAAUGCUGGUGCAAACGGGGGUUCUGACACAUCAUCAGAAACAGAUGCUACAACAGAUGUUGGUUUGCCAACAAAGUGGUCCGAUUUUGGAUUCAGCAAUGGAUUUGGGAUGGGUAUGGGCACCAAUGCAGGCUCACAGUCAGGAGCGGAGACAAUGACAGAAACUAGUGUGAAUAUCAACACGGAUGUCAAGACAGAUAGUCAGUCAAAGACCGGGUCACAAGCUGGGUCUAAGUCGUCCGGAUCAAAAUCGAAAUAUAAAUGGAAAUCGGGUCCGAAGUCAGGGCCACAGUUGGUACCACAACCAAAAGCCAGUAAAAAUGUGUACGAUAAAACAAGUUAUUUAGUACCAGGAAAGCAAAUCCAACCGAACGCAGGCAUGGGACAUCUGUCCAAUGCUCUGUCUUUAAAAGAGUUGUCACCAUUCAAGGCAGCACCACAGUUGGGAAUACAAACAAACACACAAGUCAGUGCAAAAGUUCAAACACAUUCAAAUGCACAAGCCCAGUCAGGCAGCAAUGCGAAAGUUGGGUCUAAAGCAAAGAAUACGUCACAUCAGAGACUGCAUAAAGCAAAGCAGCGUUUAAGCGCUAUUGUUAAUGAGCAUAACAAUAGAUUAGCGUCUGACACAGAGAACAACCCUCUCAGAAAGAUGAAACAGACGCAAAAAACGCCAAUGCAACUGAAGAUGGAAGAAAUUGCGCACAAAACGAGAAACAAGCCGCUCGGUUCUAAGCCUAAAAACAACAAUGGAGGCGAGAGAGCGAACCAGGCUUCUAGUGGGGGUGUUGACCCGAAAAAGACAGAAGCAUCAGUUGAUAUUUACUAUGAAGGAAGAAAUAAUGAUGGAGUAGACAUAAACGCUGGCAUAAGCAUCAGCGAUGGACAGAGACUUAGAAAGCAAAAGGCAAAUGGCAAAAUGAAUGAACAGAUAGUAGAAUCGCCAUACCUCUGGUAUGAAAGGUACCCUUAUGACAUUCCUAGCACUGCAGACAUCAAUAGGAGACUGGACUCGCUUCCAUAUGCGUAUUACACUCCACAAAUGAGAAGCCUUCAACGCAGGGUUAGAGCAGCCCGCCAGAAGAAGUUGUAGUUUAUCGACAAAAUAACAGAUCUCAAAAAUUUAAAUUUAUAUAUUUAUGGGUUGGAUGGAUAUCAGGGUUUUUGAAAAAGCGCUUAUUUGAGAGAGUGGCUUUCAAAAGCUGUUAUCUCUCAAGUAGAUUUGAACUUCGUUCGCAUUUAAAAAUGUCGCAAUAUCUCAGUGCAAAAUGAUUUUUUCGAAACUUAACGAAUAUUUGCGGGGUCAAAAAACGCAAUUCUGUAUGGUGUAAAAAACUAUUUUAACUUUUCACUUUUAUUUCAACACAAUUACUUUUUAGCUGCAUUGAGGGGCGUUUAUUCAAGGGGGCGCUUAUAUAUAUAAUAGCAUCAUAUCUGGGCGCUAAUUCAAGUAGGCACUGACACGAUGAUCUAUAUUUUGAUUUCUAAUCCUUCAUUUUUAGCUGUUGUAUUAUUGGCCAAAGACAACUAUACAUAUUGAACUUGACGUUUUAAUGUAAUUCAAACUAUCAGUAAGGUAUAUUUUUACGAGUCGCACUUGCAUAUAGCUACGUUUGGAAUAAGAUUAAUGGUAUACUUUAAUUAUAACUUAUAUUUCCUCUAUAUCCCGUUCGAGGACAGGUUAAUGACUCUUGCUGCUGAAACUCGAAGUAGCAACUUUAUUUUCUUUAUACCUAAAUCGUGUACUGCCCUGCCUGUGCGGUAUCGAGAAGUUUUUUGAUAGACCAGUAAAUAGUGAUUUUCAUUGAUAUGUUUUAUAUAGAGUUCUUAAGUUAUGACGUCAAAAUAGAUACGUUAGAAUUUUUAAAUUUCGAUACGGAAAGCAAAAAAGCAUUAUGAAAUACCUCUAAUUGUGUAAAAACAGUUUUAAUGUGCCAGGAAUUGACUGAGAUAUGGCUAUAUUAACACUGGCUCUUUCCUUAUCAAAUCACUGUAAUUUGGUGUCUGUUUAUAACAGUAGUCCGUUAGCAAAAUUUAAAUCUUUCAUUGGCGAUAUCUCAACUGAUUGGGCCAUUAUCACCCAAUAAGAAGUUAUUUUGAAAUUCUGAUUACAUGAGAAUGGCCUGUUCAAUUCGGUAACAGUUCUGGUCACUAAAGGAGGCCCAAAACGGACUUCAGUACUUUUCCUACUUUAACCAGAGUUUCGGUCUGGUACAGUUUGAGACAGGAUGCCGGAACGACCAAGGGGCAAAGGGGCAGGUUCCAGUAAAAGGGCAUUUAAAAAAAAUUCUACUAUUUCUUUUGCAACUGUCUUUUUAUUUCGAUAUUCUGUAGUAGACCAGGCGGAGAAUAGGGGAAUGGUCGUCCGAGAGCGAAAUUUAUGGAACCAUGUGCUUCUGGUCAAUUCAAGGGUGCUGAUUUCAAAAAUCGAUGUUGUCGAAGACCGGGAACCAUCAGUCUCUUUUUCGUGUUUGAAGUCUCGUUUUGUGGAUAUGAAGGUAAUCAACGAGAAAACAGUUUAAAUUGAAAUAAAUUACAAGUUUAAGGUUGUAUAAGCAUAUUUCUUGCGCAUAAAUGCUUAAAGCCUCGUUUUUACAAGGAAAUUGCAUAAUCUUAAGAUUUUUAUCCCUGAGUAGCAUCUAAAAAGUCUAAUACAUCUUUUGAUGGGACUAAUUUUUGAAUUGUCGUCCAUAGGAACUUUCCAGCGGUAAUCAUUACUAACUAAUAAAUAAAACUAAUUGAAAACUAGUGGAUCAUCUAAACAUAGUUUUAUCCUUUCAAUGCUCCUCAAGAUCCUCUUCUGAGUCACUGCACACGACAUCUAAAUGAAAAACUGUUUUUUACUUCAGUUUGUUUUAGUGAGAGCUCCCAAAUAUGUUCUUUGUAAAAAGAAUCAACCUGACGAGCGAAUCCUCAUUAAUCCCACCCAUGACAUAUUUACUAGAAAGCCUAGCUGAAACAUCAACCAUCAGCUAGUAUUAAAAUCAUGGCGACAGAGUUUCCAAGCAGAAUACGAAGCCCCGUGUUUUCUUUACAUGGCGGCCGAAGACUGAGAUCUAUGAUCUCUUUUUGUCUUACGAACUUCUGCACAAACAACUUGUGUCAGAGAAGAUUAACUGAGGAUGUCUUUUACUUCUAUAAAAUGAACGACAAAGUAUAACUGGAAAUAUAGUUAUAGCAAGAAAAAGCGUGCAGGCCAUGCAAUGCUUUCUUUUUCUAGAGCUUUAUGAUGUCAAUUAUCUUCCUUUCAUUUCCAGUAUCACUAUCUAUGAGAAUCUUGGUUCCACCCAAUUGGUGGGACAAGAGAACUUUUAGAAUGUCGGUUGUCACUGGCCCAAAUUUUUAAAAUUUUGGUACUCUGAAAUUUGUUUGAAAUGAUCUCUUUCCGGCUAAAGAGUUUACUACGAUCUUUUUCAAUUGCAAGCUGAAAUUGAUUAAACAAUAUUUCUUUUCUUUCUUCGUUGAUAUGGAAGCGGUUGAAGUCAUAUAGCACCUUUAUGUCGCAUCAUCUUUAUAUGCUGUUAUCCUUUUCUUGUCAAAGACAGUCACAAUCUUUGUGAACCUGUUCAAUUUAUCUGCACGUGAUAGUUAUUCGGAGCUAGCAUUGGUCACUUGUGCCAGUUUCAUACAAUUAAGCCCUAA